AUGGCACACAAGGCUGCCCUACGACGCACAGAUGUCAUUCUGGAAGUGGGCCCGGGAACAAAUGGAGGAGUUGUAUAAAGUUGCAAAUAUAUACUCUGUUUUCAGGUUAUUGCUUGUGAAAUUGACCCUAGACUUGUUGGUGAACUUCAGAAGAGAGUCCAGGGCACGUGUCUGGCAAACAAACUUGAAAUCAAGGUUGGAGAUAUCUUGAAAACAGAUUUACCAUUCUUUGAUGCAUGUGUGGCUAACUUGCCGUACCAGAUUUCUUCACCUUUCGUUUUCAAGUUGUUGCUUCAUAGACCUUUUUUCAGGUGCGCAAUACUUAUGUUUCAAAGGGAAUUUGCACUUCGUUUGGUUGCAAAACCAGGAACUAAACUAUACUGCAGACUCUCUAUUAAUACUCAGUUAUUAGCUCGAGUGGACCAUCUGAUGAAGGUUGGAAAGAACAACUUCAGGCCGCCUCCCAAAGUUGAAUCCAGUGUUGUCAGAAUAGAGCCAAAAAACCCGCCACCGCCUAUCAACUUCCGGGAGUGGGAUGGUCUGGUAAGGAUAGCCUUUGUUAGGAAAAACAAGACACUCUCUGCAGCAUUUAAGUCAAGUGCUGUAGAGCAGUUGCUGGAUCACAAUUACCGAAUUCAUUGUUCCUUACAUAAUACAGAAAUACCCGAAAACUUCAAAAUUGCAGAGAAAAUACAGACAGUCCUAAAAAAUACAGGUUACUCUGAAAAACGAGCCCGUUCAAUGGAUAUAGAUGAUUUCAUUAGACUGCUGCACGGCUUCAAUUCAGAAGGCAUCCAUUUCUCAUAG